AUGUCGAAGGGAUACUCCGAAGGCGCCUGGCUGUGGUUGUGGCAUGCCAGUGAAGCGCAUGAUGCAAUUCCUAGAGCUACUACAACACUGCUUGCCAUAGCAAUAACAGCUCUUAGUUUUUUCUGUUUGUCCAGGAGACGGAAAAACGCAACUGCUCCAACGCUGCCGGGGCCCAGAGGCUUGCCGUUUCUCGGGUACCUCCCAUUCGUGGGGACUGAUCUCUAUCGGAAGUUUGCUGAGUUGGCUGAGACCUACGGCCCCAUCUACAAACUGCAGCUCGGAAGCAAGUUAUAUGUGGUGGUUAACUCCUCAUCGCUGGCCAAAGAAAUCGUGCGGGACCAAGACAUGACAUUCGCCAAUCGCGACCCAAACAUUGCUGUUACCAUCGCAACAUACGGCGCAAGGGAUGUUGUCUUCUCAAGCCUGGGGCCUUAUUGGAGGAAUCUCCGCAAACUGUUCGUACGGCAUUUAAUGAGCAAUGCGAGCCUUGAUGCCUGUUACGAUUUGAGAAGGCAGGAGGUCAGGAAAGGUUUGAGCGAGCUGUACAGAAAAUCCGGGGUGCCAGUGGAUAUUGGCGAGUGGGCCAUUCUGAUCUUGGUUAACGCAGUGAUGGCGAUGCUGUGGGGAAGGACACUUACGGGGGAGAAGCGCGAGACCAUGGACGCAGAGUUUCGAGAGGUGACGGCAAAAAUGACGGUGCUCUUAGGUAGUCCAAAUGUUUCGGACUUUUUCCCAGCACUUGCAUGGUUUGACCUGCAAGGAGUGGAAAGGGACAUGAGAAGGGUGCAUCAGUGGCUUGAUGCUUUUAUUCAGUCUGUUGUCGAUUGUGCCACCCAAGAGAGAACAAUUGAAAACUUCAAGCAGGAGGAAGAAGAAUCGAAGCGCAAUGAUCAAAAACAGGACUUUUUGCAGAUUGUCCUGGACAUGGAGAUGGAUCUUGAAGAUAACCAGUCACCAAUGGACAAGGAUGGAACACUCAAAGCCAUUCUAACGGUAAGUUUAUUAAGCCAGGUGACUAGUUAUUAUACGAAUAUACCUGACUACUUAGUGACCUGA